AUGCUUCUACUUUCUGAUCCAUGUCAUGUCAUAACUCAAUCAACAACACCAUCACUCAGUUUAGCCUUGGCGACAUGCAAUUCAACUCUUUGUAAAUCGUCAUCUUUGCCAUGUUCUUCGAAUCUCGAUUGUGAAUGCUUUUCAUUGACCAAUACUGCUAAUACAACUAGCUCAGGCAUUUGUGCUGUUGCUGGUCUUUCCUGCACUUCAAUGGUUCGAUAUAAUUCAGACAAUGUUACAUGUUCGAUCGCACAAACAAUAUGUGUUAACAGUACACGAUGUCAACAACCUGUUUGCUAUCCAAUGCCAUUGGCUAAUAUUCAAAUAUGUCCUCCUUCAGCUCGUCCUACUAGUACCACAACAACUUCUAGAACGAGCUCUGCUACAAUACGAACGACAACAAAGACUUCUACAACAACUUCUACAACAAUUUCUACAACAACUCGUAAGAAUAAACCACACGGUUUUCCUUCUAAAACUUGA